UAGCGCAGUCGCUAUGUGACGCUACGUGUGUAUGCUGAUGCUGUUUAAUAAUGAACGGCAUUGAGAAUGACUAAUGCGGUCUAAAAUUGUGUUUGCUUCCUGCGACAUUUCAGUCGCUUUCCCUCUCCGAUCUGCCUCUGUUUUCUGAGUUGAGUUCAAGCAGAUUCUGGGACUAUCUGGAGACAAAAUUUGUGGAUUAAUCAGCCUCGUUUAGCGUGGAUUUUCAGCGGAAUCUGCGGAGGUCGUAAGCGGUCGAUUAUGGAAUAUUGCCCACAGUGGCUGCUGACUUUCUCCGGUUAAAAGCGACAGGUGUGCCGGUGAACACAAUAGCAAAGCAGUCGGCCUUUGUUCGACUCAAAAUGGCGGCGUUAUUGUGAACAACUACUCUACGAUUAUAACGACUGUGUUUGCAAAACACAGCAGUCAUUUGUUGAUGUAAUCAUGGAGGAAGGCCGUAAUUGAGAACGACAUUUAACUCGGCAUCGAGAUAAGAUUUCUUCAGUGACCAACUUUUUGUGAAAUUGUGGACUCAGGAUGACAACAAGUCGGUUUAAUGAGAUGGCGAGAGACAGGAGUUUGCGGGAAAUGUUCCUGAUGGUCGGAGUGUUGGUUUUAUCCGUCGCGGGACAAGAGCAGCGCUUCACCGCGCAACCUCGAGAUACUUACGUCCUGCCCGGGGAGAGUGCCACGCUGUACUGCCACGUGGCCAACAAGACCGGCAUCGUCUUCUGGGAGAAAGACUCGACCAUCCUCUUCAAGGAGAACGGCCCAGGGUCGGGGUUCUCCGGACCCUCGACCCCCUGGGCAAUCUUCGGGGAUGCCUCACAAGGGGAGUUCAACCUCCAGCUGAUUGAGGUCAGUAUGAUCGACCAGGGACUGUAUGUUUGUAAAGUGACGUCCUCCUCAGGUCCCCAGGCGGCCAACCUGACAUCCUCAGCCGCUCUUCUGACCGUCUUGGACCUACCCAGGGAGGAGUUCCCCUUGUGCGUGAUGAGCAUCAGGGAUGCCCUCACUCAAGACGAUGUGGUGGAACUGACUUGCGCUUAUCUCAACAACUCAACCACCAGGACCACGCUGACAUGGGAGCGGCUCAGUACACCUGCCGAUCUCUCAAACUCCCAGCAGAUAUCUCGAGAAGACGGGUACUUCAUCAAGAGACAUACCAUCACACUGGGCGUGGAAGAUGAUGCCUCAUCUUACCAGUGCAUAGCAUCGAGGCUAGGCAGGGAUCCUCUGUCCUGCACCACGGGGAUCCUGAACGUCAGACACCGUCCGGUCAUCACCGUCUCCCCCUUGUUUCUCCCGGCUAAGACGGGUGAUGAUGCUCGCUUCACCUGCAGUCUCUCCUCAGCCAACCCACCCACCGUCACCUACCAGUGGUACUACCGUGGAGCCGCUGUCACUACCUCCUCAUCUGGCAUCGAUCUUAUCCAGACUUCUGAAGGAGACUCUCAAAUCCUCAUCAACAACUUGGAGGACCCAACAGGUGGCAUCUCAGUCGUCUGUGAAGCAACAAACGAGGUCGGUACAUCGAGAGUUGAAGGUCUCAUCAGCCUUGAAGAAACCGAAAUCGCCACAAUCUCCAGUGAGGAACUCAUUCUGUGGCUGGUACCCAUCUCGGUGAUGGUAACCAUCGUGGUUUUAUUAAUCUUCCUAGGCAUCGUGGUGCUGGACUGUUGUCCGUGUUGCUACACCUUCUGCAACAAGAAAGGCAGACGCAGGCCGCUAUCCCCCGAUCGGAGCAUGAACAGUACCUGGUCGGGAGCCGAGAAUUACGGUAUGUCGCCCUCACCGAUGGCUCGUCGACUGAGUGACGCCGACUCCACGGAUUUCUAUGUGACCCGAGCCAUCAGAACACCGCACCCGGAUGAAACCCGGGACACAUCGCAUCAUAAUUCAUCAGGUGAGAGUCGGGCUCGGUCGGAUCGCUACACCGACCAUCGUCCGCAGAGUAACUACCGCACCCCUUCGCCAAACUAUCGCAGCCGCUCGCCCAACUACCGGACCCCAUCACCGGAAACCCAAACUCCAUCACCAGACUAUUACCACUCCACGCCCAACGGUAGGCCACUCAUCAGCAGAGAUCAGUCCAGACACCCAGACACCAGACUUCACUACGAGCAGCGCAGACCCCGGAACGACAGAACCAGGGAUCAUUUCCGUCGCAGCGGCCAACCGGCUAACGGCAGCAUCCAGCCCGCGGACUCUGACAUCCGAAGCGCGACUCGCAACUCCGCGCUGUCCGACUCCGGAUUGGACUUCAACGCGUCGUCGUCCAUGGACUCCCGGAGUCCCACCCCGCGGGACGACCGCGUCGUGUACGCUCAGAUCAUGCGGAACCGCACGGACGACGGCCAGCCCGAUCGCACCCGCUCCACCGAGUCUCGGACGGAGAAUGCGUCCCCUGAUUUACCGGCUGGGACCCCGCUACCAACAAGCUCAACUUCCCGCCCGCGGUCGGCACUUGAGGUGCCGACAGAGGGAAUGCAUAGAGCACAUUCAGUAGAGCUCCCCACGUCAUGAACAUAACUGGUUUUUACUUUACUUUGAUGUUGUGAAAGCCAAAAGUUUGGAUUCAUUUCACGGCCCAAUUUCAAGGAACAUAAAAUGUUGCUCGGUAAAUGUAUGUGCCCAACAUGCAGAUGUUACUUAUAAACUCAUCACAGGCAAUUAUUCGAUAGAAGGGCAAAUGAUAUUUUACAGAAAUAAGAUCAUUGUAGAAAAUGAAAAUCAUUGAUAAAGUCAGAGGGGUUCUGUUUUCUAGUCGCGGUAAAGGAAGCACCGAGGUCCAAAAAUUGAUCAAUAAUUAUUUUAGACAAACGACCGCGCGUUACUUAUAACGGAGUUGAAAAUGCGCAUUUUCUCAGCCGUUUCUUUCUUUGUUCUUUUAAUAUAUACAUAUUAUUGUGGUGGAUGGAAUAAUCAAACAAUAGUGCCCGAUUACCUGUAAUAUUUGCCAAACUCUGGACAGCGCCCUCUAUGUGUAUAGUGGAUCUUUACAGAGGACUAUGUAAAUAGCCCUAAUAUCACUGGCUAUCCACCGUUGACAUUUUUUUAUGCCACAGCUAUGAAGUUAAGCAUAAUAAGGCCAGUUUGUUUAUGCUGUGUACAUUUGAGCUUAUGCAUAUUAUUCAAACACCUGUGUAGAUAUGCGGGAACAGUGUGGUCAAAUUUGUUUUCAAACAGUUAUUCGUAACUGCUUGCAAUAACCCAUUUUUAUUCUUGAGCUUUAGAAAUGUUUUUCUAUAUGUAUAUUAUUAAGAUAUUUGACACGAAAUCAAAACCCUCACAUUUGAAUCUAUUUUCUCUAAGUUUCUCUUCGUAAACUUGUUGAGGUUUUAAGAAAUAUCGGUUCUUAUUAAUUCAUUUGCUAUUGACUCUAAUGGUUUGGUGUUGUAUGUGUACGCUUUGCUGUUAAAUACGUGCUUUAAUUGUUAAUAUCUGUAAUUAUGAGUGAACGCAUACUUUGCUGGAAUACUUUUGAUGUAACUUACUGCAUUAAAUUUUGUUUUUACGAUGCUAAC